AUGCUGGUGCAGUACUGGGCAGAUGAUCUUCACCUUGCUGCUGAGCUUGGGAAGACACUACUGGACCGUAACACUGAACUAGAAGAAUCUUUACAACAAAUGUAUGCAACAAAUCAAGAGCAACUGCAGGAGAUAGAGUACCUCACAAAGCAAGUGGAGCUCUUGCGUCAGAUGAAUGAUCAGCAUGCGAAAGUCUAUGAACAGCUGGAUGUGACAGCAAGAGAACUUGAAGACACUAAUCAAAAACUAGUGGCGGAGAGCAGGGCUUCACAACAAAAGAUAUUAAGCUUGACAGAGACUAUUGAAAAUCUGCAAACACACAUAGAUGACCUGCAGCAACAAGUAGAAGAAUUGAAAACGUCUGGACGAGGCCGGAUGAACCAUGAGAGAUCUGACCAGCCAAGAUCAAUGCACAGUUUUUCAUGUUUGAAGGAGCUGUAUGACCUUCGCCAGUAUUUUGUUUAUGAUCAUGUGUUUGCAGAAAAGAUUACUUCGAUGGAUAAUCAGUUAAGUCCUCUAGAAGAAGAAAAUGAGAACUUAAAAAAGGCAGUUACAGUUCUGCAAGCCCAACUUAACCUGGAAAAAGAGAAAAGGGUAACAAUGGAAGAGGAAUACAGUCUUAUGGUAAAAGAAAACUGUGACCUUGAACAGAGGCUUGUUGAUAUAGACUUAUAUCGGGCUCGUGCAGAGGAGUUGGAAGUGGAAGUAGCUGAAAUGCGACAAAUACUUCAGUCUGAAAACACAUGCCAUAAUGCAGAGAAAUUGGUGCCAGAAUCAUUUUUCAUUUCAUUCAAGGAAUCUUUAGAAAGGGAGCUUGGUCAGAGCCUGGCAGAUGAUGGACUUCUGACUGUAUCGGAGCUUGAGAAGAAGGCACUGAAACGGAGCAGCAGUGAAACUUUCCUAAGCAGUGCUGCAGGGGGAGACAUUCUAAGGGGCCAUGAAGAAACAUGUAUUAGGAGGGCUGAAGCUGUGAAGCAGCGAGGAAUCUCUGUACUUAAUGAAGUUGAUGCUCAGUAUAAUGCUCUGAAAGUGAAGUACGAGGAACUUUUGAAGAAGUGUCAAAUGGAUGAAGAUUCUUUGAAACACAAGGCCGUACAAACGCUGAAGCAGUAUUCUAAAGACCUAAAUAUGGGGCAUACCCAGUAUGAUCUUUCUGCUAGCAAUCAAGAAUUCAUAACUGUGGAGCUAAGUGACUCGCCCACAAAUGCUCUUCCUGAAUAUAAGGCACUCUUCAAGGAAAUUUUUAGCUGUAUCAGAAAAACAAAGGAAGAAAUAGAUGAACACAGAGCUAAGUACAAGUCCCUCUCCUCUCAGCCAUAACACUGGACAUGCUGCUGACCUGUUUUCUGCUGAUGACUAAGCUGUUAGUUGAGAAGGGGAAAAACUUUAUACAAAUGUCAGAAGACCCCUUAUACUGAUGUAUUUCUUGAGCACUCAAAAUGAAUGUUUUGAAUUGGCUUAUAGACCUGUAGUGAACAAGCUAGUUAGUUAACAGCUAGUCUCCCUGUAUCCAUGUAGCAGUAGAUUUAAUGUUCUUUAGCACUGUUACACAAACUAGU